AUGUGGCUAAAAGAGGACAAAUGUCGUGAGAUCGUGACUCAUAGUUGGGACUGCACAGUUGGACUGGAUGUGUUAGCCAGGAUAGAGCGUUGUGGGCGUGACAUAUGGCGUUGGGGGAAAGACAAUAAUCGCAAUUUUCAAAGGAAAAUUGACAGUUGUAAACGUAAGAUGGAUUUGCUGAGACCGCGCCGUGACAAAGAUGGUAUGCUGCAAUAUGGUCAUACUGAAAAGGAACUUCUUAAACUUUUGGAGCAGCAACAUCUCUUUUGGAAGCAAAGGGCGAAGGAGCACUGGUAUAAAGGUGCUGAUCUUAACAGUAAGUUCUUUCAUAAUUCGGUUAAGUCACGGAAACGAAGCAACAAGAUUCAUAAGCUUAAAAAUGCCGAUGGGACUUGGGUUGAGAAUGAAGACUCGAUUGGACAGAUUAUGGUAGAUUACUUCCAGACAUUAUUUAUAGCCGAUCAAGGGAAUAUGGAUGCUGUGCUAGCAAAUAUUUUGACGAAAAUAACUCCUCUGGAUAAUCUAAAAUUAAUUCAGCCUGUUAGUACUAAAGAGGUUAGAGCAGCUGUAUUCCAAAUGCACCCAGACAAGUCCCCUGGGCCCAAUGUUACUACGUUUUGUCGUGCUUUUAUUGAGACUCGUGCCUUACCACCAAGGGCUAAUGACACCUAUAUAGUGCUUAUUCCAAAAAAAUUGCACAAAGUGCUUUUUGUGCCGGGGCACCUUAUAACUUAUAAUGUCAUGCUAGCAUACGAGGUCCACCACUAUUUGCGACGAAAAACCCAAGGCAAAGAGGGAGUUGUGGCAUUGAAGGUGGAUAUGAGUAAGGCUUAUGACCUGGUUGAGUGGGGUUUUCUUGAAGCUGUAAUGGUUAAAAUGGGGUUUGACAGCAAAUGGAUCGACAUUCUCAUGGAAACAGUGCGAUCGGUGUAG